AUGAUGAAACAGACAAAGACCACUUCAAAAAUUACUGAGAGCUCCGGCUCUGUGCCAGAAUUUAUCCAGAAAUUGUUCAGAAUGUUGGAAAACAAGGCAUUCAUAGACACAUUUUGCUGGAAUGAAAAAGGCACCACGUUUAUUGUCAAGGAUACCAAUGAAUUUUCCAGAACGAUCCUCCCCAAGCAUUUCAAGCAUUGUAAUUUUGCAAGCUUUGUACGUCAGUUAAACAAGUACGAUUUCCACAAAGUGAGAAACGGCGAUGAUGGACAAAAAGUCCAUGGCGAUCAGGCAUGGGAAUUCGUGCAUCCAAAGUUCAUGAGAGAUCGCAGGGACCUGCUGGAAGACAUCAAGAGAAAGGCACCAGGCAAUAAACAAAAGAAAGACGAAUCACCAAAUAAUGUUUCACAGGACGCAAUAAAGCAAGAAGACAUACCACUCAAUACAAAUUCUAUGCAAGAAAUCAGAAACAUUGGCGCUAACCUGCAAUCUCAAAUCGAUCAAUUAAAGAAAGCACGAAAUGCCAUGGAAGACAAGAUCAACAAACUGAAGCAAACUGAUAAUCAAAUUAUCGUCGAACUGUCUGAAUUCAGCAAAAACAUGAUGGCAAAAGACGAUAUCAUCAAGCAAUUUCUGAAAUCAGUUACUGAAAAAGAUACAUCUGGAGCACCCCAGGCACGGUGUUUACUUGAUUCCUACACCCGAAUAGCAGAAUCAAACAAGGAACAGCUGAUUAACCUAAACAAACAGUUGGGCAUUGCGCCUGCCAAACUAGAAAAUGAACCAAAAUACCAAGCUGAAGCAUCAUCAACAGCACCGAUGCAUAAAUCAAUUCUGAAUUUGCAGCAACAAGAGCAGCAAUUACCUCCACAACCGCCCCCAAUAAACAGUACAGAUGCUGAAACUGCAUCUGCUGCUGCUGCUGCUGCAAGUAUGAAUGCAGGGAGCCUAAUUGGAUCACCACUCAAGACAGCAGAUGGUCUCACCUUUGUUACAUUGGGAAGACUGUCAUCAAACAUGUCUGUCAGAGAUAAUCAGCCUGCAAUCGAAAUUAUGGCUGCUGAUCAAACGCCAACCUUGGGCACCACCCUCCAAAGACCUGUGGGUGGGUUGAAACGGAAAGCACCGUCUACAGCAUCGCCAUCCUCUACAUCAUCACCCUCUUCUAAUAAUCAGGUCAGCUGGACUGUGCCUCCUCGUAUCUUGCUGGUGGAUGAUGAUUCUGUUUAUCGUGAUCUCAGUGGAAAGUUACUCUCAGUUAUCGGCUGUACCAUUGAUUUAGCAAAAGAUGGCGUAGAAGCACUCAAGAAGAUGGGAUUAGAAAAGUACGACUUGAUCCUCAUGGAUAUCGUCAUGCCCAAGAUGGAUGGCAUUUCAGCGACUCGAAGUAUUCGACAAUACGAUGCAUUAACGCCUAUCAUUUCAAUGACUUCAAAUUUCACAGACAAUGAUAUUAUGCAGUACAUUGGCAGUGGCAUGACAGACAUCUUACCGAAACCCUUCUCCAAACGUACUCUAUACCAAAUGUUAGAAAAGUAUUGCGCCCAUUUGAAGGCCAUACAACGAGUGCAAGGCUUAGAUCCAUCUAGUUCCACAUCGAUACCUCAAGCUUUAGGCGUUAAUUUAUUACCCAUGACCGGCAAUGCAACUAAUACAAUCAAGGAAGAGUCCUCUACUUCAUCCUCAUCUCCCUCCCAACACCAGCAACAGCAAACCUCAGCAUAUUCGUCAAUGCCCUCAAGUUCAAAUGGUAGUACACCGUCCUCUACACAGAGCGCUUUUCCUCUGGCACCCUAUCCAUAUCCUGUCACCAUGAAUUCAGUCCCUACAGAAAUAUCAAAUGGUGAUUUUAAGAAUGUUACCAACAACGAUAUACCAAAUGUGACAUUUUGGCCACAACAACAGCCCCAACAGCAAGACCCACCGCCUGCCAUUAUUCCAAAUGACGGUAAAUUCACUUGGGCAGUUCCUACAUCCACCAUGAAUGAGCAAGCUCAACAAGUUUUUGACCCUGUGGCUGUAGCUUUGAAUGAAUCCAGCAAAAGAAGCCGUAUGGAAUCCUCAUCUCAUUCUCAGCAAGACCAUUAA